AGAAGCUAACCAGUCUGCAGGGGGCAGCAAACCUUCAGACUGAGCGACUCCAGUGGUUCGGUCCCAGUUAAUGUUUGAGCUGUGGGUGUACUGGUCAGACUGGGGUCAGGCUCUGCAGACGCCAUGGCUCAGCUGGUGGAGUGCGUUCCCAACUUCUCUGAGGGCCGAGACCAGAAGGUGAUCGAUGCCAUCGCCGCCGCCAUCUCUGAGACCGCCGGCUGCAGCCUGCUGGACGUCGACCYGGGGGCCUCCACCAACCGGACUGUCUACACCUUCGUGGGCCCCCCGGAGGCGGUGGUGCUGGGGGCGCUGAACGCCGCCCGCCGGGCCUUCAGCCUCAUCGACAUGAGCAAACAUUCAGGGGAACACCCUCGCACCGGAGCGCUGGACGUCUGUCCCUUCAUCCCCGUCCAGAAUGUCAGCAUGGACGACUGCGUCCGCUGCGCCAACCAGUUUGGACGACAGCUGGCGGAGACGCUGCAUGUUCCUGUGUAUCUUUACGGAGAAGCGGCUCGGUCUGAAUCCAGGAGGAAUCUCCCGUCGGUCCGAUCCGGAGAGUACGAAGCUUUACCUGACAAGCUGAAAAGUGAAGAGUGGGCCCCUGACUUUGGCCCCGCCCUCUUUGUACCGUCAUGGGGCGCCACGGUAACCGGAGCUCGUAAGUUCCUGAUCGCGUACAACGUGAACCUGAUCGGCACCAAAGAGCAGGCUCAUCGGAUCGCCCUGGACAUCCGCGAACAGGGCCGAGGCAAGGACCAGCCAGGUCUCCUGGAGAAGGUUCAGGGUCUGGGCUGGUACCUGGAGGAGGCCAACCUGGCCCAGGUGUCCACCAACAUCCUGGACUUUGAGCUGACGCCGCUCCACGCCGUGUACCAGGCGAUCUGCGGGGUCGCUGAGGAGCUGAAGCUUCCUGUGGUCGGCUCCCAGAUCGUUGGUCUGAUUCCUCUGAAGGCUCUGCUGGACGCCGCCCACUUCUACAUGAAAACAGAGCAGCUCUUCAUCAUCGAAGAGGAGCACAAAGUCCGGCUGGUGAUYAGUAAACUGGGCCUGGAUUCACUGAGUCCGUUCAACCCAAAGCAGAGGAUCAUUGAGUACAUGGUGAGGUCACAGGAAGAGGRCGGGCUYGUGUCUCUGACUCUGGAGCAGUUUGUUYGCAGCGUUGGAGCGCGAACAGCCGCUCCAGGAGGAGGGUCUGUUUCUGCCGCCGUCGGCGCGCUGGGGGCAGCACUGGGCGCCAUGGUGGGGCAGAUGACGUACGGAAAGAGGCAGUUUGAGAACCUGGACGGAGUAAUGAGGAAGCUGAUUCCUCCGUUCCAUCAGGCCAUGAACGAGCUGCUGGGGUUGGUGGACACCGACUCCGCCGCCUUCAACGGCUACAUGGUGGCGCUGAAAAUGCCAAAGUCCACCGCCGAGGAGAAGAGCAGGAGAGAAGCGGCGAUGCAGGAAGGCYUGAAGCGGGCGGUCGGCGUCCCGCUGGCWUUGGCUGRGAAGGUCAGCGUCCUCUGGCCGCCUCUGAAGCAGAUGGUUCUGUUUGGAAACAUCGGYUGCAAGUCCGAUGCUCAGGUUGCAGCUAAAGCUCUGGAAACGGCCGUUUUUGGAGCGUACUACAACGUCAUGAUCAACCUGAAAGACGUCUCAGACGAAGCCUUCAGACUGGCUACACAGAGGAGAGUUUCUGAGCURCUGCAGGAAGCCAAGGACAGCGUGACCUCCAUCCUGGAUGCAGCUGAGAGCAGAACCUGAGAAUAUCUGCAGAAUAAAUUCUAAAUCCAU